AUGGAAAGUAUAAAGAAGACACUGCAGGCCGUAAUUUCCGCCCUGCUGAAAGAGGAGGGGUUUGAAAAAAUUGAAGCACGGGCAAUGGAGUCUCUUUCCACAGCCUUUUUCAACUACGCCAUAUACACGAGCAGUCGGCUGAAGCGGCAGUGCGAAAUGAGCCGGAGGACGCUGCCCACCCUUGUGGACGCUGCAAUUAUGGUGCAGGAGAUGUCUAACCAGAGAGAAAAGCAGAAAAAAGACGAGGGCUGGAAGAUAGAAGGCAUAGAGCUGGAAACGCUGAGCGAAACCCUAAACAAGUACAACGAAAACAGCACAAACCCUGUGCAGGUAAACAUGGAGGACUCGUUUGAGGAAGAGAAGGAGUUUGCAAGCGAGGCAUGCGCCUACGUUGAGUAUCCGCAGAACUACUACGAGUUCCUUCCAAAGUUCCCGCCCGCGCACACGUUCAAAACCAGCACAAUAAAGAGAAAGAUAACCGACGACAGAGCGCAGAAGGCUCGCCUGCGGAACGAGCAGACAAAAAAGGUGGUUGAAAACCUGUUUUCUAUAAUGGAAAAGAGCGGAAAAACCCCCAAAUACGCGAACUAUCUUAUGUAA